GCAUUAUUGAAUUUUCAAUCUACUUUCGCUUCUGGUUAAAAAAAAGCUGCACUUGCAAAGGCAAAGAGCUUCCAUGGCUUCUCACGGUGAGGGAUCGGAUGCUCCGGUGGAUCCCAUGGUUUCUCAAUUCGAAAAACAUCCAAUUUCAUCGAUCCUUAUCAUUAUCGCUAUGCAAACAGAAGCUUUGCCGGUGGUGAAUAAGUUCCAGCUCGUUGAAAACCCUCACUCUCCGUUUCCGGAAGGGGUCCCUUGGGUCCAUUAUCAUGGUACAUAUAAGGACAUUACAAUGAAUCUAGUUUGGCCCGGAAAAGAUUCGACCUUGGGGGUUGAUAGUGUCGGCACGGUUUCUGCCUCGCUUGUGACCUAUGCAUCAAUCCUGGCAUUGCGGCCGGACUUGAUCAUAAAUGCAGGCACUGCUGGUGGCUUUAAGGCAAGGGGAGCAGGGAUUGGUGAUGUUUUUCUCAUAUCUCAUGUUGCAUUUCAUGAUAGAAGAAUACCAAUCCCGGUUUUUGAUCAAUAUGGCGUUGGUUCACGGCAGACCUUCUCAACACCGAAUCUCUUGAAAGCACUUAAUUUGAAGGCUGGCAAGUUAUCUACGGGCGAUUCGUUGGAUAUGACCCCCAAGGACGAAGAGUCGAUUGCAGCAAACGAUGCUACCGUCAAAGAUAUGGAGGGAGCAGCCGUAGCUUAUGUUGCAGAUCUUUUGAAAGUUCCUGCAAUAUUUGUUAAAGCGGUGACGGAUAUAGUCGACGGUGAAAAACCAACUGCAGAGGAAUUCCUGCAGAAUCUGGCUGCAGUGACCGCUGCCCUCGAUGAAGCAGUCGCUCGAAUUAUCGAUUUCAUCGGCGGAAAGUGCCUGUCCGAACUUUAAUUUUCGUCACGUUAUCACUCUUUUUCAGUCUGAAACAUAUAUGUGACAAUAGACUUGUAUUCCUUACAUUUAUGAGAUGUAAAAGAAGGAUCAAGACAACAGCAAUUGAUAGUUUGAUCAGUCUUGUGCUUGAAUAAAAAUUUAUAUACAAAUCCACC